AUGGACAAUAGUCUUCCCAUUGGGAUAAACUGCAAAGACGCUAGUUCCUAUCUUCUUGUUGCAAAGGGAGCACAUAGUAUCACCAGCCAAACUGACGUUACAGAUACGAAUAAGAACAGACAUGGAUGGAGCAUAGCAGUUGCAAGUCAGCUCAAAAGGUACAUAUUCCAGAAGACAAUCCAAAUCUCUGGUGCAUGUAAUGGGAUGCUGAACAUCAUGGAAAACUUUAUAGUGAUAUUGGGAUCCAGCUCCCCCAAAGGAAACAUACCUGCCUGCGCUCCAUUUAUUCGAUCCCAUCUUUGGCUCAACAAAUCAAGGACCCUAUCAUGCAUAAUAGCAGAUGAUCCUUCCUCAACGGCAUCAUCAGUAUCACCAUCACUCUUUCCACUGUCUGUGCCACUUUGGCUGAAGCGAAUCUCAUCAGCACCCUCAAUUUCUGCAAUUUUCUUCGAGAGGCGAUUUCUAUUCUUACCGGCACCGGAAGUAAGUUUUGGGGCUCCAGGGCUUCUAGCAGAUACCAGAUUGUACGACAGGGCCAGUUCAGGAACAUUAAGCUAUAAUGACACAGAGGAGAAAGACAGAAGAAGAAUAGAGGCGUUAGGAAAGGUUAAGUAUGCUCCAUAA